AUGGACCACAGUAACCUGGGCGUGACACUGGACAACAGCAACCUGGGCGUGACACUGAACCACAGUAACCUAGGCGUGACACUGGACCACAGUAACCUGGGCGUGGCACUGAACCACAGUGACCUGGGCGUGACACUGGACCACAGUAACCUGGGCGUGACACUGGACAACAGCAACCUGGGCGUGACACUGAACCACAGUAACCUAGGCGUGACACUGGACCACAGUAACCUGGGCGUGGCACUGAACCACAGUACCCUGGGCGUGACACUGGACACAGACCACAGUAUCCUAGGCGUGACACAGGGCCACAGUUAUCUGAGCGUGACACAUGGCCACAGUUAUCUGAGCGUGACACUGGACAACAGUAACCUAGGUGUGACACCGGACAACAGCAACCUGGGCGUGACACUGAACCACAGUAACCUAGGCGUGACACUGGACCACAGUAACCUGGGUGUGGCACUGGACAACAGUAACCUGGGCUUGACACUGGGCCACAGUAACCUGGGCGCGACAAUGGACCAUAGAAGCCUGGGCGUGACACUGGACCCAUGUAACCUGGGCGUGACACUGGACCACAGUAACCCGGGCGUGACACUGGACAACAGAAACCGGGGCGUGACACAGGGCCACAGUAACCUAGGCGUGACACAGGGCCACAGUAACCCAGGCGUCCCACUGGACAACAGAAACCGGUGCGUGACACAGGGCCACAGUAACCUGGGCGUGACACUGGACCACAGUAACCCGGGCGUCACACUGGACAACAGAAACCUGGGCGUGACACUGGACCACAGUAACCUGGGUGUGACACAGGGCCACAGUAAGCUGGGCGCGAGAAUGGACAACAGAAGCCGGGGCGUGACACAGGGCCACAGUAACCUAGGCGUGACACUGGACCCAUGUAACCUGGGCGUGACACUGGACCACAGUAACCUGGGCGUGACACUGGACAACAGAAACCAGGGCGUGACACAGGGCCACAGUAACCUGGGCGUGACAGAGGGCCACAGUAAUCUGAGCGUGUCACAUGGCUACAGUAACCUGGGCAUGACACUGAACCACAGUAACCUGGGCUUGAUACUGGACAACAGCAACCUGGACGUGACACAGGGCCACAGUAACCUAGGCGAGACACAGGGCCACAGUUAUCAGAGCGUGACACAUGACCAUAGUUAUCUGAGCUUGACACAGGGCCACAGUAAUCUGAGCGUGACACAUGACCACACCAACCUAGGUGUGACACAGGACAACAGUAACCUAUGCGUGACACCGGACAACAGUAACCUGGGCGUGACACAGGACCACAGUAACCUGGGCGUGACACUGAACCACAGUAACCUGGGUGUGACACUGGGCCACAGUAACCUGGGCGUGAAACUUGACCCCAGUAACCUGGGCGUGGCACUAGACAACAGUAACCUGGGCGAAACACAGGGCCACAGUAACCUGGGCGUGACACUGGACCACAGUAACCUGGGUGUGACACAGGGCCACAGUAACCUGGGCGUGACACUGGACCACAGUAACCUUCGAGUUUGGCGUGGCACUGGACCACAGUAA